AUGAUUUCGAAAGGGAAUUGCAGCAGGUUAAAUUUAAUUGUAAGGUCAUGUUAUAAUGAUAAGAAUAAUUCCGGGAAUGAAAAUAAUGCUACCAACAGUGAAGGAGAAAAUAGAGACAAUUCAAAUUUGGCGACGGUGAGCUCAGCUGAUGAGAAGCCCGAUGAUAAUUCUGAUAAUUCGCCAACUUCUAUAUCGAACCGGACGCCGACUAUAUCUUCUAUUGGAUCAUCUUAUAAUAAUUUCCAAGUAGACUCUUUUAAAUUGAUAGAACUUCUAGGGCCUGAAAAGGUUGAUCCUGCUGAUGUAAAGGCUAUUAAGGAAAAGCUUUUUGGCUAUUCUACCUUUUGGGUAACCAAAGAGGAGCCGUUUGGGGAUCUAGGAGAGGGCAUUAUUUUCCUUGGCAAUCUUAGGGGAAAGAGGGAGGAUGUUUUUGCCAAACUUCAAACUCAGCUAGCUGAAAUAAUGGGAGAUAAGUACAACCUGUUCAUGGUGGAGGAACCUAAUGCUGAAGGACCAGAUCCGCGUGGUGGUCCUCGUGUCAGCUUUGGUAUGCUACGGAAAGAGGUCUCAGAACCAACUCCAACAACUCUUUGGCAGUAUGUGAUUGCUCUUCUGUUGUUUCUUCUUACCAUUGGUUCCUCAGUGGAGCUAGGAAUAGCAUCUCAGAUAAAUAGACUUCCUCCAGAGGUGGUCAAAUACUUCACAGAUCCAAAUGCCAUUGAACCACCAGAUAUGCAGCUUCUAGUACCAUUUGUGGACUCUGCUUUGCCCCUUGCCUAUGGUGUCUUGGGGGUUCAGCUGUUUCACGAAGUUGGACAUUUUCUGGCUGCAUUUCCUAGGAAGGUGAAAUUAAGCAUUCCUUACUUUAUUCCGAACAUUACCCUUGGAAGCUUUGGAGCAAUUACUCAGUUCAAGUCCAUUCUGCCUGAUCGAAAAACAAAAGUAGAUAUUUCUUUGUCCGGACCAUUUGCAGGUGCUGCAUUGUCUUUAUCUAUGUUCACCAUUGGCCUGCUACUUUCAUCAAAUCCAGCCGUGGCAGGAGAUUUAGUGCAGGUUCCUAGUUUGCUUUUUCAAGGCUCUUUGCUUCUUGGACUUGUUAGUCGGGCUGCUCUUGGUUAUACGGCAAUGCAUGCAGCAACAGUUUCAAUCCAUCCCCUUGUUAUUGCUGGCUGGUGUGGGUUAACGACGACAGCUUUUAAUAUGCUCCCUAUUGGAUGCCUUGAUGGUGGAAGAGCUAUGCAGGGAGCAUUUGGAAAAGGUGCCUUGAUUGCUUCUGGUUUGGCCACUUACACAUUGCUGGGAUUAGGAGUGCUCGGUGGGCCUUUAUCGCUUCCUUGGGGAUUAUAUGUGCUUAUAUGUCAGAGGACUCCCGAGAAACCAUGUUUGAACGACGUAACAGAAGUUGGCACUUGGCGAAAGACGGUUUUUACAAUGGCAAUUAUCCUCGUAGUAUUGACGCUCCUUCCAGUGUGGGAUGAACUCGCCGAGGAGUUGGGUAUGGGUCUUGUAACCACGUUUUGA